UAUCGAUAGGAAAAUGAACCAGAAGUAAAAUUAGGGAUUGACAUAAAAAGCACCUCGCUUUGCUAUAAGAGUUCAAAUUUGCCCCCAAGUUAUGAUAUAAAAAGGGGCAAAUCUGUCCAUCAAACUUCGAAACAACCUUCUCUUUCCUUGUCUCUGGAAGCUGUUAGUUGAGCUAACGAACCAUAGAAGGAGAGAUGUGAAGUGAUGUACUGAUACAAUUUACAAAGGCCUAUACAGUUUCAGUAUUUUUGGAUCUUCGCCUGUCAAAAAUAUAAGAAGAGAAAAUAAUUUCACCGAUCAAGAGCUGAAAGAUUCCUUCUUUGCUUCUUCCUCUAGGGCUUCCUUGUUGAAAUGCAAUUGCUUUUGCAAUUUGACAAACCAGUGAUGAACUGUCGUUUGCCUUCAACAAGAUGCAUGAAUUCUCCACUAUUGACGGCUUUGCGGAGAUAACUGAGAGCUUGGCAGAGAUGAUUAAGUACGUGGCAAAUGAACCCUCAGUAGGGCUUUUCUAUGUUCAGCAGCACACUCAAAAUGCAGUUUCCAAUGUAAUUAAUCUCAAGGACAAUAUUACCAAGAAGUCACAUGAAACAACUUUGCACACUGAAGAUUUAGAGGAUUCUAUAACCAUGGUGAAAUCCAUGAAAGAUUGUGGUUUUUCCAUUGCUGAUGAGAUGAUUAGAGACAUCAAGAUAUCUCUAUCAACAAUAUCAGCUAGACAACCAAAAAGAGGAUUAAUCCAUAACCCAAUUUCAGGUUCCCAAUUAGGAAGAAAUAGGUCAUGGGGACCAUCCGCUUGGGGUCAUAAUGGAGUCCAGCAAGAAAACAGAAAAUCCAGUUAUUAUCUAUCUACUGUAUUCAAGAAUGCAAAAGAAAGGGCCAGUAAUUUCAAGUGGCCUCAACUUGAUUCAAAAGAAUCGGCACCAACCCCAGAUGAUAAGCUACUGUCUUUUCCUAAUACAUCGCAGUUGGUUGCAUCUGCCAGCACUAGUUUAUCACUCCCUGAUAUGGAAUCUGAUGAAUUGCCCUUAUCAAGUCAGGCUACGGAUGAGCUACAAGCAGAAGAUGAACAAGUUGAGAUGAACUUGCCACAUCAAAAUAUAUUUUCACUAUCUGGAAAUUAUGAUGACUUCAAGGCUGAUAAAGAAGCCAAAUUAGAGGAAUGGUUGGGAGGGAGUGGUGAACACUCGGAUAAACUUCAAGAGGGUAAGUGAUGCCAAAAUGAGAAGUUGAGAAUUUUUUUUUUUUUUUUUUAAUUCUUUCUUCUUUUUCAUUUUUCAUAUUGUAGGUUUCAUAUGCUGAGUAAUCUUUUACUUGUAAAAUCUUUUAUUUGUAAUACACUUUUGCCUGGACCAUGAUAAUAUGUAUUUGAUUCAUCACAAUAAAAAUUUUCAGCUUAAAGCUUUUGUUGAUUC